UGGAAUGCAGUUUUCCUGAUCAGUGUAGCCAGUUGUUGCCUGUCUGAACCUCUGCCAGUCCUGGAGCGCGGUGCUCUGAGCUCAUACUAGCGGUCCUCACUCUGCACCCCUCACUGCUGUCCUUCUCACCAGAGCCAGAAGAACUUUCCCACCUGUUCAGCCAUGGGAGAGGGCACGGCACAAGCUGAAAAGUUCCAGCUCCAGGGUUCUGAGGUGUGGCAGGAGAAGCCAGCCAGCCCCAGCCCAGUGCCCUCCUCUACUCCAAGCCCUAGCCUGAACCCGAGGAGCACGGGGGAGGCCAUCCAGGACAACUCACAGGUGAACGCCGUCACGGUGCUCACACUCCUGGACAAGCUGGUGAACAUGCUGGAUGCUGUGCAGGAGAACCAGAACACGAUGGAGCAGCGGCAGAUCAGCCUAGAGGGCUCCGUGAAGGGCAUCCAGAACGACCUCACCAAGCUCUCCAAGUACCAGGCCUCCACCAGCAACACGGUGAGCAAACUGCUGGAGAAGACCCGCAAGGUCAGCGCUCACACUCGGGCGGUCAAGGACCGCAUGGAGAGGCAGUGCGCGCAGGUCAAGCAACUGGAGAACAACCACGCCCAGCUCUUAAGACGCAACCAUUUCAAAGUGCUCAUCUUCCAGGAAGAAAAUGAGAUCCCUGCCAGCGUGUUUGUGAAGGAGCCAGGUCCCGGGGCCGUGGAGGGGAAGGAGGGGCUCGCUGACGAGAACAAGUCCCUGGAGGAAACCCUGCACACGGUGGACCUCUCCUCGGAUGACGACCUGCCCCGUGAGGAAGAGGCCCUGGAAGACAGUUCAGAGGAAAAGAUGGGCGAAAGUACAGCAGAGAAAAUAAAAAGAUCCAGCCUCCGGAAAGUAGAUAGUCUCAAGAAAGCAUUUUCUCGCCAGAACAUCGAGAAAAAGAUGAACAAGCUGGGGACCAAGAUCGUAUCUGCAGAGAGGAGAGAGAAGAUUAAGAAAUCUUUCACUUCCAAUAACCAAAAAAUAUCCUCGGGGAAAAUCUCCCCCUUCAAGGUCUCUCACCUCACUUUUGGUCGACGGAAAGUCCAAGAAGGAGAGAGCCCUGCAGAAAAUGAGACCAAGUCCGAAGACAUGCCUGGGGGUGACCAGAUGCCCAACGACCAGGAGGAGAGCUCGCUCGCGGAGGGCCUUUCGGAGGAGUCCCUCACCGGCGCCCUGGUGGACGGGGAUGCUGGGAGGGCAGCCUCCAGAGGGAGUAACUCGGGCAGGGACAGCAACAUCGACCUGACCAUUGUGGAGGAUGAAGAGGAGGAGACAGUGGCCCUGGACCAGGCACAGAAGGUGUGCUACGAAGGAGGCGACGGGCUACCCUCCCAGGAGGCAGAGCGGGCGGCGGGGGAGCCCGUGCCGCCAGCAGUGCUGCAGGUGGACCAGACCGCCUAACCGCCCAGCCCGCUGCGCCCGCCCGCACUUCUGGUUAGUUGGCUACUGGAGCCUAGAAACAAAACUGCUGCACACCUCCAGCACUACUCACUUGCUUCUGUGUUACUGUCCUGUCGUAGUAACCACUUAACACACAGUAGCCCACACAUAACCAAGAUUUACUAUGAAAGCAACCUGUCAGGCGCUCCACUUCUGAUUUGCUCCUGGGUUCUAUUUCUGUAGAAAUUCUCCAAAACGCCUGGAAGAAGAAAUGAAACAGUUGAGAAACACCGAACAAUUUAAUUUAGAAAAACCAGAAACUACUUAAGAUACCAGUCAUGAAAUGUGAUUCAUUUAUUUGUCAUUCCAUAAGCUUGCUGCAUAGUGUACCAGUAAUAUGUUGAAUUUCCACAGAACUCUGUAAAUCUAAUUAUUCUUCUUCAAGUGUGUGAUAUAUAGUAUUCCUAUAUAUUUAAGCGAAAGACGUAACUACUUUAAGAAGACAACACUUUUUUUAAAAGGUAGCAGAGAAAUUUCAGUGGUCUGUUCACUCAAUAGAAGCCAGCGUUUUAUUGAAAAUGAAGGAAAAAUAGAAAAUAUAAUAUUCAGCUGUGAGGUAACAUAUGUAUAAAAGUCAGGACUAUUAGAAAAAGAAAACUAAGAAGGGGAAGUUGGAAAAUAAGAGAAAAAAGAAACAAAGAAUGUCAAAGAGAAUGAAGACAAAGAAAGAAAAAAUCUAUGCAUUUAAAAGUAAAAUAUUAUAAUACUAACUCCAGUAUUACACUCCUUAAAUAAUAAUACUAAAAAAUUUCAUAUAUCCUGGAGUAUCUUCACAAUAUUUUUAUUUCCUCAUAUUUUCAAAUAAUAUGAAAAACAUAGUUUGCUGUUUUAAAGCUGCAUUUUUUGUUAAUAAAUAAAACACAUUACAAAUAUUUCUCCAAGAAAGUUCAAAAGUUUGUUGUCUCUUUAACAUUGGAAUUAACAUAAUUAAUAUAUACUGCUUUUUGUAAGAAGUUGGAUCAUACUAUUCUUUGAUGCAAUGUUUCCCAAAUUUGAAAUAACCUUUACACUCCAGAUGAUGUAAUGUAGGUUUAUAAGAUGUAAAAAUCAACAGGUAUGGGAAAGGAAGGAUUCUUUUUUCCCUAUUUAUACAUAAUGGUAAUUUCAUUCCAGGUCAUAUUUUAUUUAUAUAUUAAUUUCACAGUAUUUUAAUAUGAUUCUUUUUAAAGCAUGCUAGUGUUUAUGUACUUGUGCACAUGUAUUCAGACAGGGUAAUUUUUACUGCUGCAUAACAGUAUACUAAAAUAUUGCUUUAUCUAUUUUUAAUUACAGAAUGCUAAUGUUUAGAGAACACUGUUAAAUUAUAGUUGAAAGAUAGUUGUACCAGGGAGCAAAUUCCCUACCUUUAUUAUGUACCACUCACUGUAAGUAACCUUACAAAUAUUGGUAAUCCAAGACAGUAUUAGCAAACUGUGCCUUCUCAUAUUAAAGGGAUCAGAUUAACAGAUGUCUGAUGUCAUAACCUAUAUAGCUGUGUCCUCAUUUUGCUGUUCUGUACCCCGAAUAUUAGAUUGUUGAACUAACAAUGGCUGUGUUAAAGAAGACUAAAUAAACUAAAAAAAUAAAAUGUAUACAACUUCA